ACAAAAAGCCAAGCGAGAGCGAGAGCUGUCUUUUGCACUGCAAAGUGGAGCAGAAAGUCUAUCUGAAGUUUCCUAAAAUGUGGGCGGCGGCAAUGGUGGAAGAUGCCGGUACAAUCCCCAUCACAGAAGCCCUUGUUGUGCUGUCUGUCCUUUGCUUGGUCUUCUACGUCAUUGUAUCCUCCCGGGAGAAGAUACCGCAAGGCCUGAAGAAACUCCCAGGACCGCGGGGCUACCCCUUCAUCGGCAAUAUCCUACAACUGGGGAAGAAGCCUCAUGUCAAACUGACCCAGAUGCGCCAGAAGUAUGGAGACGUCAUGAAGAUCCACAUCGGCACGAGGCCGGUAGUGGUCAUCAGCGGGUUGGACACCAUCAAACAGGCCUUGGUGAAGCAAGGAGAGGGCUUCAUGGGGCGCCCUGAUCUCUACAGCUUCCGCCACAUCGCCGAUGGCCAGAGCUUAACCUUCGGGAGGGAUUCCAAGGAAGUGUGUCAGGCCCGCAGGAAACUGGUCCAGAACGCCCUGAAGACCUUUGCGUCCUCCACCAGCCCCACGUCCUCUUUGAGCUGCCUCCUGGAGGAGCACAUCUCCAACGAGGCAGAGUCCUUGGUUAUGGAGCUUCAGCAAGUGAUGGAGGAGAAGGAGAGUUUUGACCCCUAUGGGUACCUAGGGGUCUCCGUGGCCAAUGUCAUCUGUGCCAUCUGCUUUGGCCAACGCUACCGUCACGAUGACCAGGAGCUGCUCAACAUAGUCAACUUCUUUGAAGAUUUUGAAGAGGUCGCUGCGGUCGGCAGCCCCGCCGAUUUCAUCCCCCUGCUCCGCUACCUCCCGAACCCCGCCAUGAAGAAGUUUAAGGAACUGAACACACGGCUCCUCGCUUUCCUGCAGAAAUACGUCAAAGAGCACUAUGAGAGCUUCGACAAGGAGAACAUUCGGGAUAUUACGGACGCCUUGAUUAUGCAAAGCCAGGGGAAGAAAUUUGCAACCAAUGCCCGUGUUCAGCUCCCGGAAGAGAAGAUAAUCAAUCUUGUGAAUGAUGUUCUCGGAGCCAGUUUCGAUACAAUGACGACAGCCUUAUCCUGGUGCCUCAUGUAUCUGGUGGCCUAUCCAGAAGUUCAGAAGAAGAUCCAGGAAGAUCUAGACCGAACUAUCGGCAGUGAGAGGAUGCCACGGCUCUCCGACCAGCCUCUGCUGCCUUACCUCGAAGCCUUUAUUUUGGAGGUCCUCAGACAUUCAUCCUUCGUACCUUUCACGAUCCCCCACUGCACAACCAGAGAGACUGCCUUGAACGGCUUCUACAUCCCGAAGGAUAUCUGCGUGUUUAUCAACCAGUGGCAAGUGAACCACGAUGCGAAGCUAUGGAAGGAUCCUUCCUCCUUCCUCCCCGAACGUUUCCUACUUGCCGACGGGACCAAAAUCAGCAGGGCCGAUGGCGAGAAGGUCAUGGCGUUUGGGCUGGGGAAAAGGAGGUGCAUUGGGGAGUCAAUCGCUCGUUCUGAGCUCUUCCUCUUCCUGGCAAUCCUGCUCCACCGGCUGGAGUUCUGCGUCCGUGACGGAGAGAAGGUGGACCUAACGCCCUGCCAUGGCCUCGCCAUGAAACACAAGAGGUGCUACGUCCAAGUCCGGCCGCGACUCCCAAAGAAGAGCUCUGACUGAAAUUGAGAAGCGUCCUUUCCCAGAAGACUGGGUGGAAUUCUGAAUAUAGUUUUCGGUGGUACUCUCAGGAUUUAGAUUUGGUGCAUGUAUAUUGGUUCCUUUCUAGCAUAUUAUUGCUUAAACCAGGGACUGGGCCACCUCCACUUAAGAACAUAAAAAGAGCUUUGUUGGAUCAG